CUUAUCUCUUUCCAUCAUCAUCUUCUUCCUCUGCGACUCUGUUCUCACCACACACACACACAACCACCAUGCUUUCCCUCACCGCAACCACUCUCAAACCCUCAAUCCUCUCCCUUUUCACCAAACCCAAACCCAACGGGCUAUCUCCCCACCCAAUUACCCGACCCGUUAACCCUUCACCCUUCACCGUCAGCGCCAGCUUAAUCCCCGCUUCGAACCGCCAAGCCCCAGCAAAACAGAACCUUUACCAACCUUUCCGCCCUCCACCGUCCCCAAUCCCUCCAAAGUUCCGAUCUUUAGACACCGCCGGGAAAAUCGAGGUCCUCGCCGACCGCAUGGGCCUCUGGUUCGAGUACGCCCCCCUCAUCUCCUCCCUCUACACCGAAGGCUUCACCCCUCCCACCAUCGAGGAGCUCACCGGAAUCUCCGGCGUCGAGCAGAACUGCCUCAUCGUCGGGGCUCAGGUCCGCGACUCCAUAGUCCAGUCCAACGCUAAACCCGAGCUCAUCGCCGCGUUCGAGACCGGAGGCUCGGAGCUUCUCUACGAGAUCCGUCGUCUCAGCACGGUUCAGCGUGUUGCCGCCGCUGAGUACAUCGUCGAGCACGGGUUCGAUACCAAAGGAGCGCACGAUCUCGCUAGAGCUAUUAAGGAUUACCCUCACCGCCGCGGAGACAAAGGGUGGGAGGAGUUUGAUUACAAUCUGCCUGGGGAUUGUCUGUCUUUCAUGUUGUAUAGGAAGAGCAGAGAGCAUAGGAGCCCCUCUGAGCUUAGGACGACGCUGCUUGAGCAGGCGCUUGAGGUUGCUGUGACUGAGAAAGCCAAGAAAGCUGUGGGGAGGGAGUUGCAUGGAUACAGCGAUGAGGAGAGGGCUAAGGAAGAGGAGGUUAAGAUCAUUCGCGUUCCAGUGGUGAGGCUGAAGUUCGGGGAAGUGGCGGGAGCGAGUUCGGUUGUUGUGUUACCGGUGUGCGAAGCUGAGGAAGGGGUGGGGAAGAUUAGCGAAGCUCCGAUGGAGUUUGAGUCGGGUGGGGAGUUUGGUGUUGUGGAGGCUGAGAAGGAAUGGAGGAGAUGGGUGGUUUUACCGGGUUGGGAUCCGGUUGUGGCGGUUAGGAGAGGAGGUGUGGCGGUUUCGUUUAGGGAUGAUAGGAAAGUGUUGCCGUGGAACGGGAAAGAGGAGGCGGUAAUGGUGGUGAUGGAUAGGGAGAAGAAGACGGUGGAGGCUGAGGAUGGGUACUAUUUGGUUGUGACUGGAGAUGGGAUGAAGUUGGAGAGAGGUUCGGUGUUGAAGGAGAGAGGAGUGGAGGAGUGUUUAGGGAUGGUUGUUUUGGUGGUGAGGCCGCCUAGAGAUGAUGAUGAUGAGUGGCAGAUAAACGAUGAUGAGUGGGACUAAGAAGGAUAAAAUAUUUGAGAAUACUAGUGUUACCAAUAACAAGGGGACGUUCCUGCCUCCAUCUUACCAGCAAGUACUGUUGAAGUAUAUGUAAGCAGCUCUUCAUGGUCAACACUUGAAGAGAAUGCCUGCACAGGAUUCCUGAAUAAAGACAUUGUGGUUCUCCCAGUUUAGGGAUUUUUGCUCCCUUGCCUUUGCUUACUUUUAUUUUUCAUUGAUUUAAUGGCAAACAUUUAUAUAUAGAACCGUUUG